AUGGCGGUCCGCAAAGACAACGAAGGGGCUGAAGCUCAGUUCGCCCAGAUCCUCGACGACGCCAGCAAGCUCUACUCAGACUCCUCCAAGAACAAGCUCGUUGACUUUCUCAACCCGCCCAUAAGCAGUGUAAAAGGCCUUCUUGGUCAGAUUGACAAGCAGAAUGAGCAAUUUAACAAGUUUCGCGAGAAGCGGCAGUCCAUAUUUAGCGCCCUCGCUGCGUGCCUCACUCCCGUUGAGGUUAUCGGCGAGAUUGUGAGCGGUGCCGCCGCGGAUUCGUUUGCGCCGGCUGAAGGUAUCUUUGGCGCUGUGGCGUAUCUCAUCAAUGCUGCUCGUGAUGUUUCUUCAGCUUACGAUAUAAUCAUUGAAUUGUUUGAGCUUCUCAAAGACUUUACAUCACGACUGGAUGUCUACAUACAGUAUAAAAUGGGCAGUGCCCUGCGAAACAAAGUAGUUACUAUUCUAGCGACUCUGUUUGAAGUCUUCAUCUUGGCUGCCAAGGAGAUUCGCCGCGGCCGCUUCAAGGCGUAUUUCAGGAGUGUCUUCGGCAAAGGCACGCCCGUGCAGGAAUCGCUGGAUAAGCUCAAGGCGCUCAACAUUGGCGAGGAGAGACAAGUUCUCGCUGAUACUUACGGCGGUGUUAGUAAGCUUAAUGUCACAACCGAGAACAUGCAGAGCAAGCUUGAUGAGAUGAACCAGACCAUGAUGCAAAUACGGACUGAGGGUCGUGAGCGAACUAUCGCAGCGCAUCAGGAUAAGCUCAAGGAGAUUCUAGAUCCUUCACCGUUCCCAGAGGACUUCUUUAACAUGUUCAAUAAGUCAAGGGCUGAGUCUACAGGAGAUUGGAUCCUCACGGAUGAGGGUUUCAAGGCGUGGCUCGAUAUGAAGACCAAUUUCCUCUGGAUUACGGGCGCAUCAGGAACCGGUAAGUCAUAUCUAACAACUCGACUUAUCUCCUGGGGCACAGAGAGGAUCCCCCGCCUGGCCUACUUCUACUUCCGUGACAACAACCCCGAAACACGAUCAGUCCUGCAAGCCCUCCGGGAUGUCGCCUACCAACUAAGCGAGAGCGACCCAUUCUACGCAAAACAACUUCUCAAGAACCUUCGCAGCAUCGAUGAGAUCCGGACCAUCCCCAGUGCCUACCGCAAGCUUUUCGUCCAACCGUUCCAGGAGGACACUCAACCAAAGACCGUCUACAUCUUCCUCGAUGGCGUUGACGAGGCGGACUCUGCUGAGGUUGAAGAGCUUCUCGAGCAGCUUGGUUCAAAUGAUGAGUCUGUGAGAAGACCGAAGCAUAUCAAGCUGCAGGUAGCGCUUAUCGGAAGGACAUAUUUGACCGAAGUGGUUACAUAUUCGCUUGAUCCAGAUAAUCGCGGCAGUCAAGUAAUCACUACUCUCCACGUCACGCCCGAUCGCAACGCGGAUGAUGUAAAGAUGUACAUCGAAGACAGCGUCUGGCAUCUCCGCAACCUCACCCGUACACCUCCCGACUUCCGACAAAAGAUCAUCGAUGCUAUGAUCAAGCAAGCUGACGGCCUCUUCAUCCUCGCCAAAUUCAUGCUCGAGGACAUCAGCCGCAAGCGACACCCACAGAGCAUCCUCACAAGUCUAAAGUCUUACCCGAAAGAGAUCAACGGCAUUAUUGCUCAAACGCUCAAGAACCUUUCCGAGACCCUGUAUGAAGACCAGACAAAGGACCUGAACGAGAUGCUACAGUGGGCAUCAUGUGCAGAAGAAGUAUUGUCUCUGGAGCAACUGGAGGCAGUGCUCAUCAUGAAAUUCGGCGAUCCGCCUUUCCAUCUUGAAGAGACUCUGCGUGGCCAAUAUGCAUGCUUCUUUGAACUCGAGCGUGAAGACGGAUUGACCACUGAUGAUCUCAUCCGCGAGCACGAGAAACAACAGCGCAUCAAGAAUGGCGAUCUCGGUUCAGGAAGACGAUCAAGUUCAGCAAGUCGUCCAGGGUCCGGAAGAAGUGGAAGUCCAAAGAGCCCAACUAUCUUUGGUCGACAAACAGGUACACCUGAUCUUGCUCGCAACCUGUCUCCUCUGCGUCGUGCCAGCCCAACUCAGGCGCUGAGCCCUGUGCGCGGAAGUCCUGGUCGCGGUGUAAGUCCUGCGGCCAAUUCUGACCUCUUCGACCCAAUGAGUGACAUGGACUUUCGGUCAAGCAAGACAAACACAUGGAUCACCUUCUUCCAUUCUUCUAUUAAGGGCUUCUUCAGCACCGAAAACUCUGCCAAGCUUGGUUCUGGAAUCGGAUUUGAUCCUCUCAUGUCGCGAAUUCAUAUUCUCAAGACUUGUCUCUCCAUCUUCACCCACAAAGCCGCUUUUGAGAAACAUCGUCUCGGUCCCAGUGGCCGCGAGUCAAUCAAGCAAUACGCAGCUUGGUACUGGCAAGAACAUCUGGCUGUCCUUGAUCCAGCAACGGUACCUGGGCCAGAGAAGAAAGAGCUUGGACAAUAUGUGUACAAGAUGCUCACCGACGAUAACAUCAUUCUCGACUGGACACUCAUGUAUGAGAAGAACGAUGAGGGUCUUGAUGUCCUUACAGAUGCCAACAUGAAGGGUCUCAAGAGGUGGAUGGGCGACCCCGAUGUCCUCUCAUCCCUAGCUCCAGAGGCAAGAGAAUGGGCUAGCAAGGGUGUCAAGGAAUCACCGGGUAUCUUCAAGCCCAUCGGAGACCUCUACGCCAGGGCAUGGCUCUCCGAAGACUUCAAGAAAUACGUCCCGACGCUCUUCUGCUUCAAGAUCGUCCAGUCUAUCGCAUUCAUGCAGGAAGGCUACUCGUGGUCCGACUGCAACAACCACUGGACCGAGAUCCCCGUCGACAAGCGAAUCGUCAAAGCUGCAGAGUGGGCGAAGAUCCCAGAAAGCGCGCACUGGCACCGUCGAUGCGGAAGUACAUAUCUCACCAACAACAUGAACAACCAGGCACUAAGCCAUUAUGACAAGGCCCUUGCUCUCGACAAUAACAGCGUUGAGACUCGUGGUCGUAUCGCAUAUUGUCUUUCCAGAGAUGGUCGCUUCAAGGAAGCAUUAGAGCAGGCACUCAAAUGCGAAACCAUCGAGCAGGAAAGCAUUGCUAGUGGAAAACUCGACGAACAGGCAUUGAAGAGCUGCAAGUGGCGUCUGUACAAAGACCAUAUAGUCAUUGCUUGUUGCUACGAGGAACUCAACAAGGUCGAACAAGCCCUUGAGUAUUUCCUUAAGUCUAUGAAGAGUUCCAAAGAUGCUGGCCUCGACCGAAGAGAGUGCAAGGAAUACUUCGAGCCAGAGCUUGGAUACCUUGAACUCGUGGCCACGGAGAACCGCCACGAAGCUGUGAUUCAGUUCCUCAAACAACUCUCCGAACAAGUCACCGACGUCGAGCAGAGCCGCACUCGUCUCGUGGACUUCCUUCUUGAGUUCCAUAACAAACCGCUUGUUAUCGACUGGAUACCCAAAGCAGCCAGCAAAGUGGGAGAAACAGAAUUCGUCCUUGAUCGUUUACUCUUCACGAUUGACGUGGCCACCGCAACGCGCGAUCCUCUCAAAGCGCUGUAUCUCCGUUUAUCUCUCGGCGCAACAUACACAUACAGUCGGGACAUCGAUGCCGCUCUGGAUCUUUUCGAAGGUAUCACACAGCUAGGUUAUCGACCUCGUGGCAAUGUUCCCACACGACAGGCUUACGCCUUGGCAUUCCAGAAACUGGCGUCUUUGUAUAAAGAGCGAGUUCUCCAUGCUGGGUUGAAGACGCCUGAGGCAGAUACCUGGCUUGAGGAUCUAGAGAAGAUCAAGCAGAAGCAGAGUCGACACCAGAAUCUUGAUAUGCCGAUUGAGAUGGUUGGAUCGGAUGUCAACACUGCAGCUAUUUAUAUGAUCCUCUUCAACAGAUUGCUCGGCCGAAGUUCUUCUACGGAUCGUGAUCUUCGCCAGCUUAUCAACGACAGUCUCGACAUCUUAUCCGAUGACGACGUGCAGAAUGACGAGUAUGCGUUGGAUAAUCUCCUCGGCCUCUUCAUCGCCGCCGAUGACAUCGAGAACGCCCUAGCACUCAGCCAAUCCAUGCGCAAAGUCGACCCCAAGAUCCUCACCUCCACACCGAACGACUCGCCCGUCCUCCAACGCAUGGAGCCCAAGCUUCCCGAGAUUCAAACCAUGCGUCAAAACUGCGCACAGUGUCUCGACCUCAUUCCUCCAUCAGACGAGUACUACAUUUGCGAAUACUGCAUGGAGACGUAUGACGCCAAAUGCAUGGCUGUUAUCAAAGGAGAAGGGAACAAGACGAGCGAUCACAGGAAUGAUUUGAUCUGCCGGAGUGAUCAUCAGUGGUUCACCGUGCCGACGCUGGGAAGGGUGUUGCACAGAGGGGAGAUUUUGCUUGUGAAUGGUAAAGUGGCGGGUUUUGAUGAGUGGAAAACUGGGCUGGAGCAGAAAUGGGGGCGAGAAAAGAAAUAG